CGCAGCUGAGGAUUAGAAACUCGGAUAUUCGCAGUAACUCAACAGACUCACCUAAUCGAUCAUAUACACUCGCUUCAAAAUGCGCGUCUCUACUAUCGCAGCUGCCGCUACCCUUUUCGCUUCGGCGUUCUCGAUGCCCGCACCUCAGGAAGGCGGUCCUGACGAGACCGACCUUUGCUUGCAACGAAAGUUCCUCUCGGCGAGCCUAUGCACUGAUCUCGACACCACGUACACCAACGCCACCUUGCCUAGCCUUGGUUGGUAUUGCUGCUGGUACCAAGGACCGUUCUUACCUCCUCCAGCGCAAGCAACAUCGGCGUGGAUAACCUUCGCGGCAGACGGCUCAGUUGCGAACCGUUGCCUGACUUCAGGAACUUGCACAGCAGGGCUACCUGACGGAAAGUCUUGA